UACCAGAAAGGGGCGAAAGAAGUAGAAAAGUCGUUCUCCGGCUUUAGUUAAGUACAAAUAUGUCUGGAAAAUCGACAUCAGCUGUCACAGAAGGAGGUGGUGUGGAUACCUCACAAGGAACAAGUAACCCACUAUCCCGAAAACUCAACAAAAUCCUUGAAACAAGGCUUGAAAAUGACAAGGAUGCACUCGAGGCUCUGAAGGCCCUUUCAGCUUUCUUCACAGACAACAACCUUCGCAGUCGCAGGAAUUUAAGGGGAGACAUAGAACGAAGGAGUUUGGCCAUCAGUGAGCAGUUUGCUGAUGCCUUCAGUGUGGUUACUGAUCAACUGGAUAGCAUUAAUCAAGAUGUAGAAGCUAUGAACAACAGCUGUCAAGAUAUGACAAAGAGACUGCAGCUUGCCAGAGACCAAACAUCUGAUCUGAUAAACAAAACUACGGAACUUCAAAAAGAAGGGCAGAGGUUGGAUAUGAGAGCCCGCGUGGCUGAUGCCUUCUUAGCUAAAUACCAGCUGAAACCAGAAGAAGCAAGAGUGUUACGGGGAACGAGAGAUGGACAAUUACAAGAGGACUUCUUCAAUUCUCUGACGAGAAUCAAACAGAUUCACAAUGAUUGCAAGGUAUUACUGAGAACCAAUCAGCAGACAGCGGGAUUGGAAAUCAUGGAAUCUAUGGCUUUGCACCAAGAGACAGCAUAUGAGAGACUCUACAGAUGGACACAAGGUGAAUGUCGAAGCAUGACGGGAGAUUCCUUUGAGGUGACUUUACUUCAUUGUAAGGCGAUGGAAGCUCUUCAAGACAGACCUGUCCUCUUCAGGUAUGCUCUAGAUGAGUUUGGCACAGCGAGAAGAACGGCUAUGGUGAGAGGAUUUAUUGAUGCUUUGACUAGAGGAGGCCCUGGAGGUACCCCUCGACCAAUAGAGCUUCAUUCCCAUGAUCCAAUGCGUUACGUUGGCGAUAUGUUGGCAUGGCUACACCAAGCAUCGGCAUCAGAGAAAGAACAUCUUGAAGCUUUAUUGAGGCUCGCAUCAGCACAAUCACGAGAAGAAGAAAUUCAAGAGAUUCUAAGCCACAUUACAGAGGGUAUCUGCAGACCAUUCAAGGUUCGUGUUGAACAGGUGAUUGUAGCUGAGCCCGGACCAGUGCUGCUUUAUAAACUCACUAAUCUACAUAAAUUCUACAGAUACACGAUUGGUCAACUGCUGAGCAAGGAAGCUUCCCUGUUGGCCACCCUGGAGGAAAUGGAGGAGUUUGCGCAGAAGGUAUUCUUCAACGCCUUGAAUGUCAUGUCAUCAAAACUAGUUGAUAAGGUGGAACUACCGCCAGCUGAUCUUGGUCCCACAGGGUCAUUGACCCAUACUCUGAGUCUGCUACGAGAGAUACUCACUUCCCAUGAUUCAUCAGUUGUUUCCAUGGAUACAAGACAGUCUGACUUUGCCAAGAUCCUUGGGUGUGUGUUGGAUCCCCUCCUUCAGAUGUGUUCUCUGUCAGCCAGUAAGCUGAACCCAUCGGACAUGGCUGCGUAUAUGAUCAACUGUCUGUACGCGAUGCAGACGACGCUAUCACUGUAUGAGUAUACGGACCAGAGACUGGAGAUGCUUGAAGCUCAAGUUGAUGCUCAUGUAGACACACUAGUCAACGAGCAGGCAUCUUUUGUUUUAACACGAGUUGGUCUGAUCCAGAUCUACAGUAUUGCACAGCAGCAUGUUACCACAGAGGGUCCAUUGUCAUCUGUUCAUGGAAUGGAUUCAAGUUCAGUCAGGGAUGGCAUUAAUCGUUUUGAUUCUUACCUUGGUUCGCCCGAUAGCUUCACAUUACCACAGACCAAGCUACUGCAUAGUACAACAGUCAGGGAGAAGAUACAGAAGCGAUCCAUAGCUCUAAUCUGCAGUGCAUAUGAGCUUCUGUAUACAGCCAUCAAUCAUCCUGCUAAUAAUUAUACAGAACCUGGAUCAAUUGCCAAGAGAACACCGGAUCAGAUCAAAUCUUUGGUUUCUUAAAUGAUCACCAGAGGAGGGGGGGGGGGAUUUCACAAAGAUAAAGUGUGACUAAGUUGACUAAUGGGGUGUUGCAAGAAACUUGCAAUCAAUUGCAAGUCAUUUUUUGGUCCCUAAAACAAUCAUAUGUCUUGUAGUUGCAUGCAAAUUAGUGAUUGAUUGCUAAGUUGCUCCUUGAAACAAGAAGCUCAAUCUGAUUUGCUACAGCUGACGUUGA